AUGAUAGCAUUUUUGAAGAAACGAGCUAAAAUGAGUUUUUUGUUGCUGCUAAAAGUGUUAAGAUUUUAUUGAUUGCUAUUAAAUGUCUGGCAUUUUUCAAGGACGAAAAUAUCGUAUGAGGCAGUGAAAUGAAGAAAUAUCUCAAUAUAUUUUCAUUUUAAAAGUAAAAUUAUAAAAUACUUAACCAGCAAUAUACUUACUCCCCCCCCCCCUCCGUGAGCGAACAAAAACCAUUAGAAAAAUCGCCAUUUUUUGACCAAAAACCCACCCCUCCGUGAGUGAACAAAAAUUUUUUUAAUAGAAAAAAUUUUAAUGGAAAAAAAUUUUGAUAUAUAAGUGAUAAUUAGUAUAAUGAAAUCUAGAGCUAAUUCUGUUUAAUUUUAAACAAAUUGCGUUUUAAAACAUAAAUUUUGCAAAUUAAAUUAAUAUUUGCUUCCCAAUUUUUGCAAAUUAGGAUUUUUUUAAAUUUCGAAAAAAAUAUUUUUUAUAAAAUUUAUAUAUAAAUUUUUUUUAAAAAAAAAAAUUAACCCCCCCUCCGUGAGCGAACAAAAUUUUUUUUGUUCGCUCACGGAGGGGGGGGGGGGAGUUAGCAAGAUCAAUAUAUCCUUAAAUUCUUCAAAUAAAAAUUUUUCUUCCUAUAUAAAGUAA